AUGGCGCUGUACAUCAAUUACGGCGAGGGCGCAGACGAGGCGACUGUGCAGGGGGCCGAGUGGCUGCAGCGCAUCAUAGCGGACCAGAAGGGGGCAGAUGCCGAGAAGGAAUUCAACGAAAAGUUCAGUGCAUUCCUUGUUGACGGCGUGCUGCAAGACUUGGGGCCAGUCUUCGACUUGUUCGUGGACCACAGCAAGGACCUAUUCGCCUCGAUUCCAGACGCGCGGCCAGAGGAGCGGGUAAGGGACAUCGAGGGCUUCUUCGCCCUGGUACUCAGCAUGCUGCUCCUCCUCGACGAGGAGGAGCAUCUGGACAAGGCCACCACGCGCCUGUGCGACCUCUUCAGCAGCUCCGCCGACCAGCAGCCUGAGCUGCGCUUGCGGCUGCUGAUGAUGCUGUACAAUACAUUCAACGAUCUCCCCUGUGAGGCUCGGUACCGGGUGUUCAAGUGCGUGGUGGAUUUCUCUGCCAAGGCCAGACUGUUCGACCAGGUGCUACCGUACAUGGAGUACCUGGAUACUUGGAUGGUAGACUGGAACGCUUACCUCACCAUCGAUGAUAAGCGCACCCUUUUCCGCGAUAUCGCGCAGUACAUGCAGGCGUUUGGCAAACGAUUGGAGCACUUCCUCUUUUUGAAGAGAUACCACGACAGCUACCAGGGGGAGAAGGCCGACGCGAUUGGCGCCAAGGAGACUCAAGACUUGGCCGUGGAGCUCAUCAAGGUUGCCGUGGCGCUGCCGUCGGUGAUACAGUUUGAUGACAUCCUGAAUUUUGACACCGUCAAGGCGCUCGGGAAGGGCAAGCACAAGGACUUGGUCGAACUUUGUCGCGUCUUCCUGAGUGGCACCGUCUCAGACUUGCGCGAUUUUAACAAGAAGAAUCCCAAACUGUUCGAUGAUCACUCCCUGAAGUUCGAUGACGCCCUUGCCAAGGUUCGGCUGCUGUCGCUGGCCAGCAUCGUGCACGGCAAGUCGGAGAUCUCGUUGUCGGAGGUGGCCGAGGCCCUGCAGGAAGACGUGGAUUGUGUCGAGAAAUGGGUGGUCAGGGCCAUCUCGGAGGGGGUGGUCGAUGGCCGUAUUGACCAGUUCAACUCCAAGGUGCUUGUGAAGACGUCCUUCCAGCGCACGUUUGAGAAGGGGGAGUGGUCUUUCCUGGACUCGAAGCUUACGCAGUGGAUCGACAAUCUCGAGAACGUCAUCAAGUUCAUCGGUGAGCAGAAGGUCCUCAGGGAGGGGCUGGCGAAGGAGGCCAGGGGGGACAAGGACCCCGAGGAGAAGUGA